ACAAAAAAGUUCGACAUGGACUCUCCGAAAGGGUUCAAAGCGCGAGAGGAGGGCGCUGCCGAGGCCAAGGGCGCCAGGCCGAAGGUGCCACCGCGACCUGGGAAACUGAAGAUGGGCACCCUGAGCCCGUUGAUGCCUGUGGACCCGAGGCCGGUUUCUCCGGGCCCGAGGAGUCCGCGGCCGCCGUCCAUCGAGUCCGAGAAUCGCAAGUCAAACCAGAGUCCACCGGUCAACCGCCUGAAGCAGCGCUUCGGCAGGCUUUUCUCCAUUGGAUCGGGCAGUUCUAGCCAGCCGCCGAGUCCGACGUCGUCCGACAAGAUGAGUCCAUGCUCGUCGGACGGCUUCGAGGAACUCAACUCGCCGCGAGAGGGUCGGAAGAAGAGAUUUGCUCUGGCAAGCCCUUCGUCCGAAUCGGCCAAGCUGCCACUGAGUCCGAGACCAAUAAAUCGGUUUAACUGGAAGUCAAAAUCGGACUCGGCAAAGGUCGUCAGGGAAAUGCGACAUGGCGUGAUCAACCUUCCGACUCCGGCCAUCAGAGUGUACAGCUUGAGAGACACCACUGCUGAAAGGAGGCAACAAGCUGAGGCGAACCAGAUCUACUCGGCGACAAAUCCGCACGCCAAGAGUAGCCCCAGCAGUCCAGCUGAUGAAAAAUUAAAGGGCACCACGCAUGACCUCUUUGAGCUUCUAGAAAGGGUUCAAAGCAGUCGGCUAGACGACCAACGAUGCGUCCUUCCACCCUACAUCAAACAGACCUCUCGGGACGACUCCAAGUUGCCAGCGCCGACGAGUGCAGCGCCGCUGGCGGCGCCGACGGGCGCAACGCCGGUGGUGCCGGUGACGCCGCCCGCCUCGCAGCGCCUCCUGGAAGAGACCCUGCAGAGGAGCGGGCCUUACCCCAUGGUGGUGGUGCCCACGAGCGGGGGCUACUGGCUCGACGGCCCUGAGCAGGAGUGCGCUUUCGACCAGCGGGGCGACCCCGUGCUGCCCGCGGCCGCCUCCGCGCCUGCCCCUGGCUGGAAGGUCAAGUUCGAGACGGACGAGACUGCCAAGUGCUACCGGAGGUUCUUCAUGGGAAGGGAACACUACAACCUAGUGGCCGAUGACCCUGUCCUGGGACCGGUGCUGCUGUCCGUCAAAAACGAGCUGAUGGCCAGCCAGGAACACACAAGGCUCGUCCUCAGGCUCAAGUCAGGCACGGUGCACGAACUGCUGCCAAACACGUGCAUCCAACAGUCGCCAAACCCGGCCAAAUUGGCAAAGAUGCUGAACGAGGAAAUCACCGCCGACAAGUUCAGUCCGAUCCUGUGCCCGAAGGCGUCCGACCUGAUCGCCACCUACGAUGAGCACGUUCUAGUUUCCACCUUCAAGUUCGGCGUGCUGUUCCAACGGUUUGGACAAACCACGGAAGAGCAACUGUUCAGCAACCCCAAACCUUCACAAGCGCUAGACGAGUUCCUCGGCAUGCUUGGAAAGAGAAUCAGACUCAAGGAUCACAAAGGGUACCGAGGUGGUCUGGAUACCCAGUUUGGCCAGACGGGCGAAGAUGCUGUGUACGACGUCUUCAGGGACAGGGAGAUCAUGUUCCAUGUGUCGCCGCUGCUGCCGUACGCGGACAACGAUCCUCAGCAGUUGCAACGCAAGAGGCACAUAGGCAACGACAUCGUCGCGAUUGUAUUCCAGGAGACAAACACACCGUUCGCACCCGAUAUGAUCGCCUCGCACUUCCUCCACGCGUUCAUUGUAGUCCAAGCCAUUGAGCCGAACACUCCAAACACGAGCUACAAAGUGAGUGUUACUGCAAGGGACGACGUUCCCUUCUUCGGGCCGGCGCUGCCGAGCCCGGCCAUCUUCAAGAAAGGGCCAGAGUUCAGGGAGUUUUUACUGACCAAACUGAUCAACGCCGAGAACGCGUGCUACAAGGCUGAGAAGUUCGCCAAAUUAGAGUGUCGAACUCGAGCGUCUCUGCUUGCGUCGUUGGUUGAUGAGCUGCGGCUAAAGUCAAUGGAGUUUCUGGGUCAGACGCCCGUCUCCGCCGCACCGGACACCCCCAAGGCGGAAAAGCCAGACUCGGCCGGCAGCCGCUUUAUCGAGUCAGUACGCAAGGUGAUCACGAGAAAAAAUCCAUCCAACAGCUCGGAAACGUCGCUGAACGUGGCCAACAUUAACAACAACAAUGUCGUAAUGUCCACAAAGAAAAUCGCCGCGCCAAAAGCGCCAGCCACCGGUGACAACGUUCAAACGAAUGGGAGGCCGAGUCUCAAGAGUACAGGUAGUAACAACAGCGACAGCAGUGUCAAGAAGGGCAGUGGCAAAGACAACUUGGCUAGCAAUCCUUCUUCUCCAGCGUCGAGUCCCGACAUGCCUACUCAUCGAGCUGCGAGAUUAAAUUUGUCGGAGAGCGACGACUCGUCCUUGAACAGCAUCGAUUUGGACACUGGCGGCGUGUACAACGGGGACAGCGACACGGGGCUCGAAAGCAUGUCGAGCGCCGAGACGCCGCACAAGCCCAUCUCAUGCAGCUUCUGCAUGGACAGCAACGGCCAGCAAGAGGUGUGUCCGGAGGCAGCCUCGGCCGUCGAGGCGGCUGUCGCGCGACAGCUCGAGAGUCUCAGGCAAGAAGUGACCAGGCUUAAGUGCGACAAACUUGACCUGCUGCGGCAGAAUGUGAACUGCCAGCGAGACAUCAAGAAGCUCAAGGAGCAAGACAUGCAGUUGCAGAUGGACCUGCACAUAGCCUCGUCAGAGCUGCACCGGCUGCGCUCCGUGCUGCGAGAGUGCGUGGGCGGCAGCGAGAGUUCUGCCGUCUAAAAGUUAGUUGCGUGUGAGCGUUAAACAUUUGAGGGAAGGUGAUGGACUUCUGCUGGGACUAAAAGGAAGCGUUUCAAAUUUCUGUGUCGUUGUUGAAUUUGCUUAAUUUAUUGUUAAAAGGUGGCUGGAAAAGACAGCCAGCCUUGUAAAACGAUUCGAAGAUAUAAAAGUUAAAUUGUAUCCCCUGCUCUUAUACUUCGCGCAAAAAUUGUGUUAAUUUAAAUUCGCAAGUCCUUUACACGUUUCCCUUCUAUUUACCAAAGUUGUAUAUAAUACGCAGGUUUGAGUUUUUCGUAUGAAGUCACAAGGACGUUCUUUCGCUCUUCGGGAAAGUUAUCGUAUAGAUCUAUUUACAUUGUGUGAUCUCCAAUUAAUUUGUAAGUUUAUGACGUAUGUAUUAUGUAUCACCAGCAUUAUUAAGUUACUAACACCCCGCAAAAGAAGGAAUGCUUACAUACACAUGUGAAUUAAAAAUGAUGUCUAAAAAACAGAGUUGUUUGGCCGGACCGGUUCUAUUUUUGAAUCGAACGUGCGGAAUAUGCAAAGUGGUGAUGAAGAUAUUGAGACUACUGAAAAGUUUGACAAGAGUAUUUUUGCAAAUAUAUAGAUUUGAAACAUAUAACUGCACAAAAACAGUUGAUAUAAAAUGGCACCAUUCAUCUGGCUAGACAAACCAAAAUGAUGUAUAAGUAGAUGAUAUAUCUUGAAUGUACAGCCGUAGUUGACACAAAUAUUUAACCAAACAAUAUUGUUUAAUGUGCAUAAAAUUAGAUAUCACUUCACAAUUCCUUUCCUUUCUUACACGAGAGAGAGACAUCACCGGUUAAAUUAUUUUCUUUGGCGUCUCGAUAUAAAAUUAUUUGCAAUUGAUGUACCUGAACUUUGCGCGAAAAGUUGAAAUUAAGUGUAUAAAAUAAAAUUUUAGGCCGCAAAGAAUAAUUAAAUUUAUGUUCAUUUCGCUGGGCUUUAGUCUUAUUUAGCAAUAAGUUCGAUUCAUGUUAUUUUUGUAUGCGUGACUCUUUCUGCAAACCUCAUUCAGGAAUUGCUGGCAUAUAUUUGGUGUAACACUGCAGGAGAUAGACAUCCCUCGCGACAAAAAUCAAUCAUACCUACAAAACCGCUUACCAAAGGAUAAUAAAUUAAGUUGAAAUAUCGUAAUAGACACGUAGAAAAUAUGUGCAGGAAACCUUACACAGAUCCGGAUGUAUAACGACAACUUCAUUGCGAAAGUUAUAGAUUAGAGACAUACAUUUUUGUUUCAUUAAUUGAUGUCAAAAAUUAAAAUGUAAUUGAAUGUAAAUAAAAAUUGGUACACUCAGGUGUCUAAUAAACAAAGCCCGAAAAA